AUGGCAAUGACACCAGAGGUUUCGGUUGAAAAAGCUUCCAUUACGCCAAAAACCCCAGAAAAUCAACGUCGCCAAUAUGGCGGAGCUAAACAACAAGAGGGACCGUCUCCGGAACAACAGCACCUGCAACUACGAGAACAGAGUUCUUCAUCCUGUGAUUACUGCCAUUAUUAUCAAGAUAAUUCAGAUUAUCAACAGAACGCUUCUCCAUCCAAACAACAAUCAGUCUCAUCACCAUUCAUUACUUUAUCAUCGCCAAAACUGACAUUUGGUGAAUCUCUUCGUGAGUCACUCCGUGACUUAUACGUACCCAAAAUUUUGUCUAACUUGCGAAAAUCAGCUUCCGAAAUAAGUCUAGUGUUAGAAGCAAUGCGUUCCGGAUCUGCACAAGUGCAUGGAGCAUUACCUCCAUCAGCUGCUGAGGAUAUUAUUGUUGGUGAUAAUGCUUCCAAAUCGACCCGUGGUUCGACAGUGAAAAAGCGAAAACGUCGCAAAGCAUUAGUUAAGUGGCAAAAUUAUUCACCGCAUCAUUUCAACAAACAAAUACGAUAUGGUAAUUAA